CCGGAAAAUGGAUGUGGCCAUGUAGUUCCAGGCAGGCUUCUUGCGUCUCAAAACUGGCGUUACUUGCUCCAGCUACUUUGACAACUUUAUAAUUAAUGGUGAAUUUUUCAAUAAAAAGAUUUGUGUGUAAACGUGGAUAACAUGGAUAGCAUGCAGUCAAAAACUUCAACUGAAGAUAUCGAUGAUGGAGAUAACACUGAAAAAGUUGAACUUACUUGGAAAGACUUAGGACUUGUAGAUGCACUUUGCAAAACGUGUCUUGAUUUAAAAUGGAAAGAACCGACUAAAAUCCAACGGGAAGCUAUUCCUUUAACGCUUGAAGGGAAGGAUGUGAUAGGAUUAGCAGAGACUGGAUCUGGGAAAACUGCUGCUUUUGCAUUACCCAUACUGCAAGCAUUAUUAGAGCAUCCUCAGAGAUAUUUUGCUCUCGUAUUGACGCCUACAAGGGAAUUAGCACUCCAAAUUUCAGAGCAAUUUGAAGCACUAGGUGCCAGUAUCGGUGUGAAGUGUGUAGUAUUAGUAGGCGGGAUGGACAUGCAUGCACAGGCCUUAAUAUUGGAGAAAAAGCCCCAUAUCAUUAUCGCCACACCUGGAAGAUUGGUCGAUCAUUUGGAGAAUACAAAAGGCUUUAAUUUAAAACAGUUGAAAUUUUUGGUCAUGGACGAGGCCGAUCGUAUCCUGAAUAUGGAUUUCGAGGUAGAACUUGAUAAAAUUCUCAGAGUGAUACCACGGGAAAGAAGGACAUUGCUAUUUUCCGCGACCAUGACUAAAAAGGUACAGAAACUGCAGCGUGCGUCCUUACGAAAUCCUGUGAAAGUCGAAGUGUCCACCAAGUACCAAACUGUGGAAAAACUGCAACAAUAUUACGUAUUUAUACCAGUGAAAUUCAAGGACGUGUAUCUGGUACAUAUCUUAAACGAACUGGCAGGCAACAGCUUCAUGAUAUUUUGCGGAACCUGCAAUAACACCGUGAGGACCGCUUUAUUGUUGCGAAAUUUGGGAUUCACGGCGGUUCCCUUGCACGGGCAAAUGUCGCAGAACAAGAGAAUAGCCGCGCUCACGAAAUUCAAGGCGAAAAACAGAUCCAUAUUAAUUUCGACGGACGUAGCUAGCAGAGGUCUCGACAUUCCGCAUGUAGAUAUCGUGAUCAAUUUCGACAUCCCUACACACAGCAAAGAUUACAUACACAGAGUGGGUCGAACUGCGCGUGCUGGUCGAUCGGGCCGCUCCAUCACUUUUGUCACACAAUACGACGUCGAGCUGUAUCAGCGAAUAGAGCAGUUGAUAUCGAAACAGCUGCCGUUAUAUCCUACGGAAGAGGAGGAGGUAAUGUUACUGCAAGAAAGAGUGAGCGAAGCGCAGAGAAUAGCAAAAACGGAUAUGAGAAAUAUAGAAGAUAGCAAGAAGUCGCAUAAACGGAAGCGCGGCGGCGACAACGAAGACGACGACACGGAACAGUUUAUUGGGGUGAGAAAAAGAUUGAAAGUGAAAAGCAAAAGAAAGAAACAUUAAAUAAAGCACGUUUGUAAAGUACGUCAUUGGUGUUAAUUCUGUGUAUUAAUAAUGGCAACUGUACGCUCCUGGCGUACAGGCAGUCCGGUUAUCACACGCGUAGCACGGAAGCUUGCGCGCAUGAUUAUCACCUGACAAUUAUUCUAUUGUCGCCACGAUAUUAUUAUAAUAAAGCUUACUUUUUUCUACGACUUCCAAAGCCGACUUUUAAAGCCGCACCACUGAAUUAAACCUCAGCGCGACAUGUUACGUAGCCUAAUUCGCAAUAUUUCGUUACAAGAAAACUGUGGACUUUGUGAACAAGAUUGUACGAGACUCGAUUCGACAGUGCAGCUUCAUGAAGAAGAAAAAUCCAACGAUCUUUUUUUUAUCCUUAUCACUAUUUCAUCUCGUUCAUCGUAUAUACAUCAUCUUCUCGUGCAUUAGAUUUUCUAAAUUUCUGAUAAGAGGAAUUUGCGUCGUAUAGAUUGGAUUAACACCUCCUGUAAAGUUCGUAAAUACAAUUAAGCAAUAAGGCAAACAUUGUUAUACUGAAGAAAUUAGUACUGUAUUUUAACGACUUGUAGUCUUUGCACAGAGCAGUAUAUGGUAUUUAAAUAUCACUCAAAUAAUCACAAUAAAAUAUAUUAAGUAAAAUCACAAUUCUUUCUUUUUUUUAAUCAUUUGCGGUGGACGCGUUAGGGGAAAUUAACAAAGCAUCGAAGACAAAAUUUGUUAUUAUACAACAAACAGAGGUCUUCUUUCGUUUGCACGCUUCUAUUUGAGUGUUAUCACAAAGCAGAAUAUCCCGUUUACGAGAAGAAAUGCGGAUAAAGGAAAGCACGUUCGUCCCUACAGCAGAAAAAUGUUAUAACGAUCGUUAUAAGUAUCGUUUAUGUACAGCUUUUACACUACUGUAAAAUCGAUAAUUGAUUGAUUUUUUUUUUGUUUCUCAUCAAACCUCUAUAGAAAAUCAGUAAUCCAUUUUUUGUACAAGUUUUUGUAGUACAAAAUACGGUACAAUGGAACACGCGGUAAGCGUUCCUUAAAAUUUACAACUACAAUGCAUCCUCUACUCGCUAGAAGAUUACGAAUCGUAUAAAGUUGCAACAGAUUCUUAUUACUUGGCUUUUGGUUUUUCAGAAAUCGGCGCAUAUAUAAACGCGUAUCGCGGAAAAAUAUAACAAAUAUAAACGUGCAUCGGAGAAUACUUCGGUGCUCUGCCGCAUUCUGUCAUAUCGUUGCGAGAAACACUGAUUCGAAAAAUGCUGCAGCUUGAAAAUACCGCGACACCUAUCACGCAUUUGACUCGGUUGUCAGUUGCCAUCCAGGUUGUUAACAAACAAACACUUUUAACGCGGGCAAGCGUUACUCAAUAAAAAGACGUUAGCAUUAUAUAUUAUUAUAAUAAAAAAUGUCCUUUCGACGCAGUCGAAAUCACUGUCGUGUGCGCGCUGAGAUUAAAAAACUACAAUUCUAUGCCGCAAAUCUCGGUAAACAUUUGCCCUGAUGUAUUAAAACUGUUGUCGUUUUACAGAUUCAUAUUACGGUUCUCUCUUCGAAUUGUCUAAAACAAAGUUGAAAAAAAAAAAGAGAAAUGCGUGAUCGUAUGAUUCUGUCAUGCAAAUAAUGUCGAUCGUCGCAACCUCUGCAACAAGAGUAUCUGCUUAUAGAGUACAUGUAUACGCUACGCUUUAAUCGGUAAUCAAAUUUCUUCUCUAUCCCGCUAAACAAUCGUAUGAGAAUCUCAACUUAGUUUUUUUUUUAUCACUAGGGAGGGAUGUACAUCUAAUCUCGUUGUCGAAGUGCCCUUGCGAUGCUGAACGACGCGUCCAUUCCAAGUCACUUCGAUCUCUGCGAUUUUUCAUGCGAAGUUAUUUAUUUCAAGCGUUGACGUUACUCCUAUAAGUACAGUACCUAUAGGACACUUAAUAAAAAUCUGACGGAAUUUUUGUACAGAGAAGCAUCAAUUAUCUGAAAACAAUAACAAUAUUAUUCUGCCACUAAAAGAUAAAAUAUAUUAUUGGUACAAUAAGAUUGCUUUCAAAUUAUGGAACAAUAUUGAUUGAUCUCAUUUGAAAAUAACAGUUUUACAGUAACAAAACCUUAUUCGCGCGCGCUGGAAAUUAUUGACAGCACCGACGAUUUGCAAUAAAUAAAUUCGCACAGGGAACUCUCUCUCCCUUUUCCAUGAUUCUCGGUGAAAACAGAUACGCAUACGCGUAUUCAAUAUCGGUAGUAGCGAUGAACGUCAUUCGACAGGCUUAUUAAUUAGUAAAAAUUUGCCUCGUAAAGUAUCGAAUCUGAAAACUGCAAAAACUGUGUUGUGAAAAAGUAGCUUAGCCUAGCGCGCUACUACUGUUUAACAAUACGCCGGUACAAUUCUUAGAUUUCGACGACGAGCCCCAGCCUUUAUCAAUCGUUAGAACGCAUAUAAGUAACCUAUUUCGAGAGCGGAGUUUCUAAUUACGAAAAUGGAUGGAAUGUUUUCCGAAAACGUGGGUUGAGAUGAUGUGCUAGUGUGUGACAAAAAUCGAAACAACUUAGGUUUCAUUCAAAUGAGAAAUAAAAAAUAUAUUCCAUAAUAUUAUUAUUCACUAUUACUACACAUUCUGUACAUUAAUUCAAUUUAAAGUUUUUACCUCAUACACUUUAUACAAAAAGGCUACUUAUAAUCUAACAUUAAGUCAUACCAUAGCAUGAGCGCCCUCCACCUUACCGCCAGACGGCGGACGGGCCGCACGCAUGUUUGUACUGGUAUUACAGAAUCAGUCGCCAGCAAGUGUUUAAACAUCCUCUCCCUCUCUUUCUCACUGCCUUUCGUUCUCUCCCGUUAUCAUACAGUUUACUGAAUCAUCCCAUGUUUCUGUGGUGCUUCUUUUACAGUUUUCACUCACCCUCUUCGUUUUCUCGUGCCGUUAUCAUUUCAACAACUACGAUUUAUUCCCACAAAUGAUCUCUUUGUCUUGCUGCUUGCCUAGUUCUUUUUUUUUUUUAAAUUCUUUUCUGUUAAUCUAUCUUGCGGUUUUUUCUUCGAAAAAAAGAAAGAAAUAAGACCCUCAGUCUGUGGUUACAAGUGCAUCGAAUUAAAA